CGACAAUAUAUAUUUAUAUAUUUAUAUAAUGAGUAUUGAAUUCGGACCGGAACCCAAAAAGCUCCGGCCAACAUGCAGCAGCGACUCCAGCUUCUCGUCGGAGGAGGAGCUCCGCCACAUGGCGCUGACGCCGCCGAAGCAGAAGAGCCGUAAGCGUCUGUCGAAGCAGCUCUCCAUGUGCGAGACUCCACGCGACGUUGCGUGGGAGAGACGGCGGCGCCAGAUUCUGGAGCAAGAGCAGAGGAAGAAUAUGAGCGUCGUUGAAUCGGCCGGCGAUGAUUUGACCGACGAGGAUCUUAACGAACUCAAAGGGUGUAUAGAGCUUGGGUUUGGAUUCAAAGAGGAAGAGGGUCAGAAGCUUUGUGGCACUUUACCGGCUCUUGAUCUUUACUUCGCCGUUAACCGGUCUCUGAGUCCGGUGUCGACGCCGCAGAGUCGGGCCUCCACGUCGUCUUCUUCCGUCGGACAGUCGCCGUCGUUUGGAAGCCCUAGGAGCGAAUCCGACUCAUGGAAAAUCUGCAGCCCCGGUGAUAAUCCUCAACAAGUUAAAACGAAGUUAAGGCAUUGGGCUCAAGCCGUUGCUUGUUCGGUGAUGCAAUCGUCAUCUUGA